AUGGCUGACGCAGGCUUCUUCCGAGGGACCAGUUCGGAUCAAGAUGGACGCUUCUCAGAUAAGGAAAAGAAGUUGUUGAAGUUGAUGAAAUUCGAAGGAUUAUUAGAAACAAAAAUCAACAUGAGGAAAGUAAACUUGGAUGUCAUAAAACCUUGGAUCACAGUUCGUAUUAAUGAAAUUUUGGGUGUUGAAGAUGAUGUCGUUAUUGAGUAUAUAAUUAGCCAGUUAGAGGCCAAAGACCUAAAUCCUAAAAUUAUGCAGAUUAACAUCACUGGAUUCCUCAACGCCAGACAUGCUCGUCAGUUCAUGGGAGAGCUGUGGGCGUUACUUAAUGAAGCUCAGGAAGCCGAAGAUGGAGUUCCACCUAGUUUAGUAGAGAAGAAAAUGGUUGAAAUGAAGAAAGAAGGAGAACAGAAUGGAACUUCCAAGCCAGCUAUUAAAACAUUGGCACAAAACGAUUGGGCUCACAGGUAUCAAAAUUUGUCGUUGGGCCGUUUCUCUGGAACAACCAAAGAAAAAGAGGUUCGAGAUGAUCGCAUUGUACCCCGUAGUCUGAAAAGUCCGGAUAGACGGAGGAGUCCCAGAGCCGGCGGGUCAGGAAGAAGAAACGAUCGUCGAGGUGGUGAUCGAGACCGUGAAAGAGGUGGUGAUAGAGACCGCGAAAGGGGCGACAGGGAUCGUGAAAGAGGUGGUGAUCGAGGAGACAGAGGGGACCGAGGAGAUAGAGAACGCGACAGAAGAGACAAACAGACUGAUAAAGAAAGAGAAAUCGAAAGUAAAAGGAGGGAAGAAGAACGUUUGAAACGUAGGGCAGCUGAAAAAGAAAGAGAUCGUAAACGUGAAGAAGAACGUGAUAAAAGGAGACAUGAUCGUCGCCGUCGCAGUAGAACUCGCUCACGUUCUCCUCCUCGAAGGAGGUUCACAGAAGAUAGCAAGGAUCGCAAGAAGAAGAAAAAAGACUCCAGUGAUUCAGAAUCUGAGGUCGAAACUAAAAAGGAGAAGAAGAGAGAGAGAAAACGUGAUGACUCGAGUGAAGAUGAGAAAAAAGAAAAAGACAGAAAGGAAAGGAAGAAACACAAAAAGGAGAAGAAGAAGAAGGAACGUAAGAGAAGCCCAUCUCCAUCUCCAUCUAGCUCUGAUAGUGAUUCUGACUGA